AUGCGGGCAUGCGGGCAGGUGGCCGAAGCCGAGCAAAAGCAGGAGCAGCUCUCCAGCCGCCUCACGGGCGCGGAAGAACUCGGGGCCAAGCUCCGGGAGCAGCUUCUGGAAGAGCAGGAGCGAGCCCGCGUUGCACAGGAAACUUACGAGGAGCUGGCUGAAAAAGUCGAGCAAGCACAGAUCGAGAGGGAUCUGGCCCUUGACGGCAAGGAGAGCCGCCAGGAACUGGAGAAGAAGAUCGAGGAGAUGAAGAAGGGGCAGCUGAAGUUGGAGCAAGAGCUAUCGGAGUCGAAGGCUCGAGAGGCCGAGCGAGCAGGAGAACUCAAGGAGAAGGAGGCUGAGCUCAUUACCGUCCGCCGCGAGAAGGUGGUGCUCACCAAAGAGCUGGCAGACGCGAAGAAGCGGGAGAAAGAGCUCACCCUGCUCCUGGAGCAAGCGCAGGAGCACAUCCUGGAGCUGACUAGCGAUGAGGCUGGUGAGAUCCUGGCUGACAUCGACCUUGAGGCACUGUCGCCAUCAGGUGCAUCGUCUUCAGCGCUUCCGCCACCACCGCCGCCGAAAAGUGGAGCCUCCCCUCCCAAAGCCCCUCCCCCGCCUCCUGUAGCAAAGUCUGCCUCUGCUCCGCCCCUCGGCUCGGCACCCCCUGCGCCACCCCCGGCGCCACCCCCAGCGCCACCCAAGCGGCCACCUGCGCCUGCAGCCAAAGGCCGUGCGGCACCCGCGUCGCCAGCACCGCCUGCACCCCCACCAAAGAAAAGUCCCCCGACCCCGACCCCACCUCCUCCUCAGGCCAAGGCUCCGAAGGCUCCGAAAGCUCCGAAGGCGAAAGCCUCGAAGGCCACGAAGUUGUCGACCUGA